AUGUGCAACACCCACCUGACAACCUGCGCCCUCUGCACCCGCACCCUCUCCAUCCACUACACACCCUGCGCACAUGCCCUCCUGCACAGUAUCGAGCCCGCCGCGUGUCCGCUGCGCAUGAAGCGGUGGCGGGUGGAUUGUGGGCGUGAGUGUGAGAGAGAGAGGAGAGCUGGGUCAAGAGGAAGUGAAAGGGGAAAGCAAAAGGAAAAGAAUGGAUGUGGAGGAUAUGGAUGUGACGUGGCCCGCAAGGGCAGUUUGAGCGUUUUGCCAGGCGAGAUGGGGUGUGUGGAUGGGAAUGGGGAUACGGGGUGGGAUGAGGAGGAGGUAGAGGUGGAUGGUGAGGAUGGCGAGUGCAGCGAGAACACCGAGGAUGGCGAGAACACCGAGGAUGGCGAGAACACCGAGGACCCAAGAGCAUAA